UCCGGCAUCCGGCAUUUUCCUAGAGGUUAUGUAGUUUUAUUUUAUUUUAUUUUUCGAAUAAUACGGCCGCAGCAAAAUGUUAUCCAGAUCCUUCACAAAUAUUAUAUUAAAACAAGACACAGUUAUAAAAGCAUUUCGCAAUGUUCUUGUAAGACACAAGUCUUACACACCAAUGAAUACUGUUAUAAUGUUUGUUCCACAGCAAGAGGCAUGGAUUGUAGAACGAAUGGGUAAAUUUCAUAGAAUUCUGGAACCAGGAUUGAACGUAUUAAUUCCUAUAGCCGACAGGGUAAAAUACGUUCAAAGUUUGAAGGAAAUUGCGGUUGAUAUACCAAAACAAAGUGCAAUUACUUCGGAUAAUGUCACGCUUAAUAUAGACGGUGUUUUGUACUUAAGAAUUGUUGAUCCAUAUUUAGCAAGUUAUGGUGUAGAAGAUCCUGAAUUUGCAAUAACGCAACUUGCACAAACCACUAUGAGAUCAGAAUUAGGAAAAAUAUCCUUAGACAAAGUUUUCAGGGAACGAGAAAAUUUAAAUGUAUCUAUUGUUGACUCCAUAAACAAAGCAAGUGAAGCAUGGGGAAUGACUUGUUUGCGUUAUGAAAUUAGAGAUAUAAAAUUACCUCCUCGGGUUCAAGAAGCAAUGCAAAUGCAGGUAGAAGCAGAAAGAAAAAAAAGAGCUGCUAUUUUAGAAUCUGAGGGUGUACGAGAAGCCGAUAUCAAUGUAGCUGAGGGAAAAAGGAAAGCAAGAAUACUAGCUUCUGAAGCAGAAAGACAAGAACAAAUUAAUAAAGCAGCUGGUGAAGCAGCGGCAAUAUUAGCUGUUGCUGAAGCUAGAUCGGGCGGACUGAAAUUAGUAGCAGAAGCUUUAAAAAAAGACUUGGGUCCCAAUGCUGCAUCCCUUAGUAUUGCAGAGCAAUAUGUUCAUGCAUUUCAUAAAUUAGCGAAAACCAAUAAUACUCUGAUUCUUCCUGCAAAUGUUGGUGACAUUUCUAAUUUAGUUACUCAGGCAAUGUCCGUGUAUUCAACCAUUUCAAAAAAUCAAGAUGCACAAAGGAAACCUACCAUUGUCAGAAAAAUUUUACCCCCAAAACCUAAAGAUGAUCUAGCAGAACUUUUCAGUGAUGAAGAGGAACAGAAAAAACAAAGAGAUAAAUUAAAAUUAGAUACAUUGUCUCCAAAAAAUUGUAAUUAGUAUUUAAUAAAA